AUGGCACCCAACGACCGCAUCUCCCAAAUCGCUUCCCACCUCAACUACCCCCGAGGUCUCCUGGCCGGCCAAGUCGCUAUAGUGACUGGAGCAGGUCAGGGCAUUGAGNCAGAAACCGCACGUCUGUUCGCCAACGAGGGAGCCAAAGUCGUCAUCUCAGACAUUGACGGUGAGAAGGCUGCCACUGUGGCCAACUCGAUCAACAGCAGUGGAGGCAAGGCAUUGGCCGUCGCUGGCGACAUGCUAGACGACGCCUACCUCAAGACCCUCGUCGAAAAGACUGCCGAGUUUGGCCAAGGAAAGAUUCACAUCAUCGUCAACAACGCAGGCUUCACCUGGGACGGUGUAAUCCACAAGGUAUNNACGACAGACAAACAAUGGGACACCAUCAUGUCCCUCCACGUCUCGGCCCCCUUCAAACUCAUCCGCAACGCCGCCCCAUACUUCCGCGUCAAAGACCAAGCCCCCAGAAACAUCAUCAACAUCUCCUCAACCUCUGGCCUGCACGGCAACGCAGGCCAAGCAAACUACGCAGCCGCAAAAGCAGCAGUCACGGGCUUGACAAAGACAAUCGCCAAAGAGUGGGGUCCGGCUUUCGGUGUGCGCUGCAACACCGUGGCUUUCGGUCACAUCGCUACUAGACUUACGGCUGCAAAGGAGGAGGGCGCUUUUGUGACUACGCCGGAUGGUGAAAAGAUUGCUUUGGGUAUCCCCGGUGCGCAGAAGAAGGGGAGAGAGGAAGGUGCUGGUGCAUUCAAGGAUAUUCCUCUGGGAAGACCUGGCACUGCUACCGAAGCUGCUGGCGCCAUCUUGGGUGUUGUCAGCCCUUACUUCUCGUACGUUAGUGGUCAGACCAUCAGCGUCACUGGUGGACGCAACAUCUAA